UUGUACAGAGGUAUUGUCAACUUAAGAAUCUGUAAAUAAGAGCAGAGAAUUUCUACAGCAGAAUCACGUCAGUGGGUAAAGCUCUGCUCUUCAUGGCCACGGGAUCCUAAUCCUCCUCUCCCUCCUGAGUGGUGAUCAUGUUAACUUCACCGCGUCCUACGUGCAUUAUUCUCUUCCUUAUUAGUGUGUUGUUGAUUAGACCUGGAGGCGCAGGGCACUACGAGCCGAACUGGAACAGCCUGGAUGCCAGACCCCUGCCCGGGUGGUACGACGAGGGCAAGAUCGGGAUCUUCGUGCACUGGGGUGUCUUCUCGGUCCCCGGCUACGGCAAGUUCAGCGAGUGGCUCUGGUACUGGUGGAAGCACGACCAGCGCGCCGAUGUCGUGCAGUUCAUGAAGAGAAACUACCCGCCGGACUUCAAAUACGCGGAUUUUGCGAACAAGUUCCACGCGGAGUUCUUCGAUCCGAAUGCGUGGGCAGAUAUAUUCAAAGCAUCCGGAGCCAGGUAUAUUGUCUUCACAUCCAAACACCAUGAGGGAUUCACCAAUUGGCCUUCAGAAACUUCCUGGAACUGGAACUCGAUGGACGUCGGUCCUCACAGGGACCUGGUGGGAGAACUGGCUGCUGCUCUUAAGAAGAGAUCCCUGCGCUUGGGUCUCUACCAUUCCAUGUACGAGUGGUUUAAUCCCCUUUACUUGUCGGAUAAAGCCUCCGGAUUCAAGACUCAACAUUUUGUUGGCAUGAAGACUCUCCCGGAGCUCAGGUUCCUUGUUGAGACAUACAGACCAGAUCUGAUCUGGUCAGACGGGGACUGGGAGGCACCAGAUACCUACUGGAACUCCACACAGUUUCUGGCCUGGCUCUAUAAUGACAGCCCAGUCAAGGAUGAGGUGGUUACCAAUGACCGGUGGGGUCUUGGCUGCUACUGCAAACAUGGAGGCUACUACAACUGUGCUGACAGGUACAGCCCCAGUAAACUCCCAGACCACAAGUGGGAGAAAUGUCAAUCCAUCGACGCCCGUUCCUGGGGAUACAGAAGAGACAUGAAGUUCAUAGAAGUCAUGGACCUGCCCUCCAUCAUAGAGGACAUGGUGGCAGUGGUAGCAAUGGGAGGCAACUACCUAUUGAACAUCGGUCCCAUGGCAGAUGGAAUGAUCGCCCCAGUGUUCGAGGAGCGGCUGAGGGGACUCGGUGCCUGGUUGCAGAUAAACGGGGAUGCUAUAUAUGGUACCACUUUCUGGAGGAACCAGACAGAGAACAACACGGUUGAAGUUUGGUACACUACCAAAAACAGCACAGUGUAUGCCAUACUGCUGGGUUGGCCUUCCAACCAACCAUUUCACCUGACGACGCCUAAGAUAUCUGCAGCAACCAGCGUGACACUUCUGGACUAUCCCGACAUGAGACUGAAGUGGAAGCCACUGACGCCAACAGACGGACUGAUGAUUCUUAUGCCUCUGAUGCCCCCGUCUCAUGGAAAUGCCUGGACUCUGAAGCUGGAGGGUGUAGCCUGACAUAAAGGGUUGUGUCAAGUUGCAUAUCUGUAACACUGAUGUUUACUAAAUCUAAUACUCAUGCAAGAUGAAAUCAUCAGUGAGUUUUAAUGGAAGCGUCCAAAAUUGGAUUUUUUUUUUAACUUUAUUUAUACGUUUUAAAAUAAUCAAACAUACAAACAUGCCUCACUGUUUUAAUACGUUGUGAGAAUCAAAUUGUCACAGCACAGACUGCUAAUAAGCUGAUAGACACCACAAUCCAGUGGGUCUUUAUCUUUCUCGGUAUAACUGAAGUGACUGCUUGUGACCUCGUUUCGGGUAAUUUUUGCUUUAUCUGUAUUUCUUCAUAUACUGAGCUUAAGACGGGGGACAGCUUUGACUCUAGUCUUGCCGCUGUUCAUCAACUUAAUUGCUUUAGAAAUAUCCUGGGAUGUUAUAGCAGCCUCAGAGCUAGCUUUGGCUUAUAGGGCAAUUUAUGGAUUGAUUUUUCUUUUGAUCAAGGAAAGCAUUAAUCUUCGGAGACAGCUACAAUGGAUUCUGAAGGGUAUAGAUUAUUAUAAAUAAUUAAUCAUUUUGGGUUGUGUGGAAGUCACACCAGAUGCCACAUGGAUCUCAGGAAAGGCUCUAGUAGCCGCUCUCUUUUCAAGUUGGUGUGAUAGAAGGCUACCCGCUUUGUCGCCAUGUUCAUAAAUUGUCGGCCUAGACUUAUAUGAAAGUUGUUCAGUAUGUCUUGGCAAAUGUGGUCAACUUCAGUUUGCUGCAGUAGUUGUUCUUUUUGUCCAUUUCUGCUUUUUCGGUGGUCAGUUCUGAGUGUGCGUUUUCUCCUCUCAAAUGCAGAAUAAGAAAUCAUUUGUCCACUGAGGUAGGCUUUAUGGGAUCCCCAGAUUGUAGUUGAUGACAUAUCUGGGGUUGAGUUCAUAUCUAAGUAGGAAUCAAUCUGAUCGUUUAUAAACUUGAGGAAUUCAUCAUUGGACACUAACAAUGGGUCUAUCUGCCAGGUACCCUGCGGUUUUAAAUGUUUAAACUUCUAUUGCAUUAACAGUAUUGAACUUUGUCUAUGACUGUUUUUCAAUGUGUAAAUUAUGAGAAUAAAUACAAAAUAUUUAA